AUGGUCGAUUCUGACUACGAAUCGGUGCUUCUUGUUAAACGUGAAGUCUUCCUCUACACCCUUCCCCCUCGCCAGUCCACUCGAGGUUAUCGUGCUGCUGAAUGGUCGCUUGACGCACCCACCUGGACUGGGCGCCUGCGCGUAGUGACUGGCAGCGGUAGCAGUGACUCUGUGCUCUACAUCCGUCUGGAGGACGCUGUAUCGGGUCGUCUCUACGCGCAAUGUCCGGUGGAAGCCUUUCCUAGUGUGGCUGUGGAGCAGGUGCUCGACUCUUCACGCUACUUUGUCAUUCGACUGGUAUCUGAUGAUGGGCGAACGGUAUUCGUAGGCAUUGGGUUCGCUGAGCGAAGUGAUGCCUUUGAUCUCAAUGUAGCCAUUCAGGAUCACUUUAAGCAUUGCAAGCAAGCGGCAGAAGCAGAAAAAUUUCAAUUGGAAUCUGCCUCGGAUCAGAACCUGCCAAAGUUAGAUUUGGGUCUAAAGGAAGGACAACGGCUCCGACUGAACCUCAACACUCGACGUUCAGGCGAUGCCGGUGAGGGUUCUGGCGGUAGUGGUAGUAGUCGUACACGCCCCCUACCCAGUCUCAAAUUGGGCAUUCCUACGGGAGUCCCUGGUCUUAUCCCUCCACCUCCUCCUCCUGCCGGAGGCGGCAGGAAUCGUCAGAAUCUACGAGGUACCGUCGCUGAAGCGUCUGUACCUGCGCCAGUACCACGAUCUACCACUCAGACUUCAUCGAAUGUGGAUCUUCUGGCAGGUCUCUUCCAAUCUGCUCCAGCAACAACAUCAAAGGUGCCAGUUAAUGCACAGAAUCCUAACGACUUCAGUCUGAUAUGA